GGUCGGGGCGCAUUUCAGCACCACCGUGGAGGAGGACAGCAGCCUCAGCGCCGCCGCCACUCCGCGCUUCUCUUCCCCCUCCCUCCCUUCCCGAUCCCGGCUGUCGGGUCUCCCUUCCUGGCCCCCAUUUCCCCCUCGUCUCUUGGGGGGGGGGACUGGCGGGUCCUGGGGUACCUUGCGAUCGUUGCUCUCCCCACGGCGUCCUUACCAGCUCGGGGCUGAGCCGUCCAUUUCUGGGAGGAAACGGAGGGAAGAGAAGGGCAGUGAGGGGCGCGUCUCCCCACCCCCUCGCCGGCAGGCUUGGGGGACGCCAGCGGGGAGAGGGGGGACCUUAAGCUGACGCUUCUACGAGGCCGUCCCGCAUUUCCUUGGGAGGUUCAUGAUUUUAUCUGUGGCAAGAUGACCAUUUGUAUUUUUGCCAACAAAUCCAGUGAAUCAUCACAUUAAUUCUGCAGAAGUGCAUACUUGGCAAGAAUCCAACCUUCUUGACCACCUGAUUUCAGGAUGACUGAGGGUUUAGAUCACAGAUUCAGUUAUCUCACCUGGGAACAGAUUAAAAUACUGGAUCAAGUGCUGACUGAGGUGAUCCCCAUUCAUGGAAGAGGGAAUUUUCCAACUUUAGAGGUAAAGCCAAAAGACAUCAUUCAUGUUGUCAAAGAGCAACUGAUAAAGAAACAGAUCAUUGUCCAUGACAUUCGCUUGAAUGGAUCCACGGCUAGUCACAUCCUGGUUAAGCAAAAUGGCACCAGCUACAAAGACCUGGACAUCAUUUUUGGCGUGGAGCUUCCAAGUGCGCAUGAAUUUCAAGUUGUGAAGGAAGCUGUCUUGAAUUGCCUCUUGGAUUUUUUACCGAAAGGUGUCAACAAGGAAAAAAUCACAGCACAGACCAUGAAGGAGGCUUAUGUUCAGAAGAUGGUGAAAGUAUCCACAGAUCAUGACCGCUGGAGCCUCAUCUCCUUGUCCAACAACAGUGGCAAAAAUGUGGAGCUCAAGUUCGUCAACUCUCUGCGGCGGCAGUUUGAGUUCAGCGUAGAUUCAUUUCAGAUCAUCCUCGACACUGUGUUGGAUGUCUACAGCGAUGAGAAUGGCAAACUGACGGAAGAUGCAGAGCUGUCUGUCGUUGCUGAGAGCAUGUACGGAGACUUUGAGGAAGCUAUGGACCACUUGAAAUACAAACUCAUUGCUACAAGGAACCCGGAAGAGAUCCGUGGAGGAGGUCUUUUGAAAUACAGCAAUCUUCUGGUCCGGGAUUUUAAGCCAGCGGAUGAAGUAGAGAUUAAGUCAUUGGAACGUUACAUGUGUUCUCGGUUCUUCAUCGACUUUCCAGAUGUAGCUGAGCAACAGCGGAAGAUUGAGUCUUACCUGCGCAAUCACUUCAUUGGGGAAGAGAAGAGCAAGUAUGACUACCUGAUGACCUUGCGUGGAGUUGUCAACGAAAGCACGGUCUGCCUUAUGGGCCACGAACGAAGGCAAACGCUAAAUAUGAUUACAAUCCUGGCUCUCAAAGUACUUGGAGAGCAGAACAUCAUCCCCAAUGUAGCCAAUGUAACCUGCUACUACCAGCCUGCCCCUUAUAUCAGCGACAGGAACUUCAGCAAUUACUAUAUCGCUCAUGGACAACCGUCUAUUAUCUACCAGCCCUAUUCCUUCCACAUACACAUGCAAAGUGGUAUGGUGUAGCCGUUCACGAAACCUCCUUGCCUUACAUCACUGCUCAAUCAACUCUUCCUUUGCCCUUGCUCCACCCAACAGUUCUCUUCGAAAUAAAGCCCUCGUUAAAGCAAA